AUAAAAAAUAAUUUUCAUUAAUCGCCUUUUACGCGUCUUAAUAAUAUUAAUUAACAAUUAUAAAAAGUAUAUAUUUCGGAAUAAACAUAAAUUAAUAAAAUAAUCUUGAGAAGAAACGUAAAUUCUGUGAGCAGAGAAGAAAAAAUCGAAAGUAUAUCUUUACAAAAACCCGUUGGAUUAUAAUUGUUUAAAUGGAAAUCAUUCCUGAAGGUAAACAUUUUCGUUUGGUGCAAGAAUCUGAGCUUCCAGAAAUUUUGGAGUAUUUGGAAAGAUAUAAACCGGAAUCGCUAAAGUUUCAUCAAACCAUAAAAACGUACCUGAAUGAUCGUGUUUGGGACUUUUACUUUUACGUUUCUAAGGAUUGGCCCGAAAAACCAAUAAUAUUACAUUUUCCAGGAUGCACGCUUACGCCCAACAACAAUAUAUAUCAAAGCUUUGGCAUCUUUUGUCCCUCAACACAAAUCGAAUGUGUGGAUCUGAUGCGCACCGAGGAUGUCCUUAUCGAUUGGCAGAAGCCAUUGUACCUGAAUUUCACUCAUAUUGCUAUCAUGAAUCGUCUGGAUGAUUUUUAUUCGACUUUCGGUGUAAUGGAACGGCUCGAAGGCGACAUUUACGUAUGUGAUAAGUUGAAUACGGAUUUGGAGUUAGAAGAGUUGAGCGAUGAUGCAGAAAUGCGCCCACUUACUGCUGAUGAUGUGAAGGGUAUUCACGACUUGUAUCCGGCCAGCGAGAUUGAGCGCAUAGAGGUAUUCGAAAUAUUGGUACAGGUUCUGCCUGGACUGGGAAUAUUUCGCAAGGAUACCAAUGAAUUGGCCGCAUGGAUGGUGCACUCCUAUUAUGGCGCAAUGUUUUCGAUGCAAACACGUCCAGAGUAUCGUCGCAAAGGCUACGGCAUACGUCUUGCAAGAUCUCUCACAAAGCUUGUAAUUGAGCGAGGCUAUUCGCCUUUUGUUGUCAUACGUCCACAAAAUGAUGCUUCUAGAAAUCUUUAUACCAAGUUAGGGUUUAAAAAAGCCUAUGAAACUUGUCGAGUCAAAAUGACGCCUGGUCUUAAAGAAGAAGACCAUGGGGAAGAACAACCGUCAAAUCAUCAAGCCAAGACCAACGGCGUCGCCAAAGGUGAAGGGCCAACAACGAAGGCAGAUGAUGAUACAGAGGCUAACAAGGAGAAUCAGCCAGUCGAUGAGGGUAUCGAGGACAUGUUAGCUGAAAAAUGUGAUAUUGGAAAGGAGGAAAUGUCUACCGCCCACGCAAAGGCGGCAAUGGACGAGGGUAUCGAGGAGGAUAAGUAAUUGAUUGGAAGUAUGAGGUGACCUCAACGCUUACCAAAACACAUUGAAAACAGAUACGGCUUACGGCUAGUGGGGUAUAGAUAUAGAAGAGAAUCUAACAUAAAUUUAUUAUAAAUGCUGUAAUGCUAAUAAUCUCCAUUAUAAUAUUAUAUACAUACUUAUAUAUAUGAAAAUGUAAAGCAACACAAUAAGAAAAAGUGCAUAUGGAGACACUAGCAUGACAUUAGAUAAGUGGAUGGAAAACUAUGUAAUAGAAAUUAAAAAAAAAUUAAACCGGCAGGAAAAGCGUGCAUAUUAUUGAAUUUUUUUAAUUAUAUAUGUUCACAUGGAUUUGGUAAUUAGGAGCUAGUGCACUCGCACAAACACAUUAAUGAUGAAAAAUACUUAAAAUUUUUACUAUUAUAAUUAUACAAACACAAUGUAUACAAAUAAUGUAUGAAUCGAUAAUUAUUUUAAACGUUUUUGCUAAAAUGCUUUUACAGAAACAACCACAAAAAUAAAAAUAAAAAAAUACGAAAACAAAAGUUUACUAGUUGAAGAUGAAAUAAGAAUGUAAUUGUGCGUGUGCACGUAAAUAAGUAUGUUAUGUGUGUACGUACUCGUACAUACAUUUAAGGCUACUGAAAAAUAUGCAUAAUUUGCGAUAAGGACUUCCAUGCUUCUAAGAACACAUCCGUAUAUAUUUACGUACAUACAUACAUAUGUACAGACGUGUGUUUAUACAUUUAUUUUAUAUUUAAUUUAUGUAUGUAAAUCUUCUUAAUAUCUAAAAGGCAGCGAAAGUUAAACAGAAAAAUACAGAUAUUAUGUGUAUACAUACACUACAUAACAAAAAGUGCAGAUAAACGUUUGAAAGCCUAUACCGUUAUUAAAUGCAUAUGCAUGCAUAGGUUACCUAUGUAGCUUAAGCCUAUUUAAAGGUUUAUGCAACGCAAAACGUCAAAAAAAAGAAUAUUCUUAAAAAAAAUUAUUUCAUUUUCCGCAAUGAGCACAUGACAAUUUCCAAGCACAAGAGUAUUAAAACGAUUUAAAAAUUCAUUUUACACUUAUAACAUAUUUUAUAAAAGAAUUGUAUUGCAAUGCAAAAUAUUUAAAAUAAAUCCUACAACAUAAUUUAGAACUCUACAAA